AGCAGACGCAUGCUGGGUGGAGGCUAGCUGACUCGUGGUGUUCAGUUUUCCUUCAAAAUGGUUCUUUUUGUUUACCAUAAACAGCUUGGAUUAUUGUUAUCUCGUUUGUCUAAAACCAUGGUGACAUGACAUCAAUGGCAGGAGUUUUGCCUGAAAACAAAACCUUAACCAUCUUACAUUUCAACGAUGUAUACAAUAUCGAAUCAGUCGACGAAGAGCCUGUAGGGGGAGCCGUUCGUUUUAGCACAGCACUUAAAUCGUUUUCCCAUCUGAAUCCGCUGAUCUUAUUUAGCGGCGAUUUCUUAGCCCCUUCGUUCAUGAGCACCUUCACCAAAGGAGAGCAUAUGAUCCCGGUCCUGAACGCCUGCGGAAUCCACUGUGCAGUCUAUGGAAACCACGAGUUCGAUUUUGGUAUUGAGGUGCUCAGGCAAAGAGCCAAAGCCACUUCAUUUCCUUGGCUAAUGUCCAACGUGAUCGACAACAAGACAAAACGACCUCUGGCAGACGCCAAAAGCAGUGUAAUUAUUGACUGGCAUGGGAUACGCGUUGGGCUGAUUGGACUCGUCGAAAAAGAAUGGUUACCCACUCUUGCGGAAGUUAACCUGGAGCAUGUUACGUAUAAUGAUUAUGUCGAAUGCGGCCGAUUGCUUUCGGAGAAAUUGAAGGAUAACCAGGACUGCAAUAUUGUGAUUGCUCUGACCCACAUGCGAUUACCGAAUGAUCUCAGGUUGGCAAAGGAAGUGGAGAAGAUCGAUCUGAUUCUCGGAGGACACGAUCACGUUCCAGAGUUUGUUGAGGUCGGAAACCGCUGCAUCAUCAAGAGUGGGACAGAUUUUCGCCAAUUUUCAAAGAUUACGAUUCGCUUUUUAGACGAGGAAGAGAAGCUAAAGCAGUUAAUUAGCGUGAGCCUAGUGGACGUCACGUCUAAGUACCAGGAAGACGGCGACCUCAAAUUAGCUCUUGAUAGCUUUACAAAUGUGAUUGGAAUGAAGAUGGAAGACGUUUUAGGAGAAUUUAGCGUUCCACUUGACGGCCGUUUCGCUUCCCUACGCACCUCAGAAACAAAUCUAGGAAAUUUUGUCUGUGAUAUCAUGGUGGCUGCAACUGACUCAGAUUUGGCUCUGCUCAAUUCAGGAACUCUGCGAUCUGACCGAAUCCAUCCACCUGGUCCGUUCAAGAUACGUGAUUUGAGUGAGAUUCUUCCAAUGCUGGAUCCCCUCAUCGUAGUUGAAAUUUCUGGUGAAAAUUUACUCGCCGCACUGGAGAACGGGGUUUCCAUGUAUCCAAAAUUGGAUGCCCGUUUUUUACAAGUAGGCGGGAUGAGUUUCGCGUUUGAUCCGAAAAAAUUACCAUUCCAACGAGUAGACCCACGCUUUGUCCGUAUAGGCAAUAAGUAUUUGGAUUUACAAGCCAAAUACCGGAUGGUUACUAAAGCAUACAUGAUGGCAGGAAAACAUGGCUUCGAAGUCUUGACAAAAUUAAAGAUUCUAAUCAAUCAAGAAGACAAUAUGCCACUCACUACAGCAGUGCAAAAUCACCUCCAAAAGCUUUGUGCGAAAAAUAAGCGUGCUGCGCAACUCGGACUAAACCGAGUACCUUUUACUAGCAGAUGGGAGCGCCUGAUAAACCACAAAUUGCAUGUGGAAUCAACUUUACGCAAUACAGUCGAAGAAAUUGCUACUGCAGAAAUGGUACAAUUCACGACUAAGCAGAAAGCAACGGAAUUGGGCCUUCAGUCUAGCAGUGAAGGGACAGAAAAAGUUUGUAGCCAAUUGGGUCCGCGUAUUGAAGGUAGGAUUGUCAUCAUUAAUGAAGAAACAUUGCCCCAAUUACUGCGUGAACGUCAAUCAUGGAAGAUUCAGGGUGCGCACACUAUCCAAGGAUCCAACGAAAACUAAGGCUUUCUGACAGCCUUAUGUUAUGCGUAGAUCAUAUAUUGAGGUACGAUUAUACAUUUACUUUUUCUAUUCAAGAUGUUGAUUGCUGCAAGCUCAUUGUUAUUAUUUUUCUUACUUUGAUAUUGGACUUUACUGUUGCUUUUCUGUUAAAUCAAGGACCAAACUCUGUUUAAGGAAAUUAUUUGGUUAAUUUCUGAAGGUUUCGUUCCACAUGUAUAUCGGAUCAAACUGGGCAAUAGAAAAUGUCUUUGAUUAUAUAGCUAUCAAUCCAUAUCUGUGCUUCCUACAUUGGUAAUUUGUUCAGUGACAUUGAAAGUAAGACUGUGCAUUGUUCUCAUCCCAGUCGUUGCUACGGCUAACUCCAAAACCGGAGUUAACGUCGGGUAACCCCCGUUCCCAGCGAUACAAUCUUGCCCUUGAAAAGAAAUUUGGUUUUUAAACCAGUUUCUUUUCUUUUUCUUCUUCCCUUUGCUCAAUUACAAUUCACUUUUUCUUUU